AUGCUGUUCUUCAAGCGCGCGCAGGCCGAGUCCAGCUGGGCAAACCACGCCAUUGGGCCCUUCACGAGGCUCCAGGAGAAGGCCGGCUUGCUGGAGACCCGGCAGCGCUCCGAGGACGAGAGGCUGCAGGAGGCCGCGGAGGCUCUGGAGAUUGGUCUGCGUGCCAUGGAGUUGGCAGAAGAAAUCGCCAGAAAUAUUUGGAGAGACUUGUCGGGGGAGGGCUCAGCCUGUCCCGUCUCAACCUCGCCAAGCACAGCCAGAGAUGAGCCGCAUGUACAUAGCCCUUCGGGCCCUUUGGCUCUCACGCGUGACGACGAGGAACAGCGGCCCAUGCCAAGCCAGUGGCUCCGCGACGCCUAUGCUGAGAUCCACCAGGUAGCGGCUUCAGUGGCGCAUGCAGCCACGUCGGCCACGACGUUGGGAGAGGCAAGUCCAGCUCCGGCUGUCGUGGAAGGAGUCCUUCAUGUGCGACCCGCCGCAGCACAAGCUUUAAACUUUGAGCACUGGUUUCCCGCCGGAGACGCAGCCAAAGCACAUGAGACCCAUGUCAUGGGUGAGCACGACCCUCACAAGCCAACUCAGAAAAAAUCCUCUCGCUGCUGCAAGUCAGCUCUGACAGAGCAGUUUGAGUCACAACUGGUGACAUCUCGUGGACAUGCCCGCGCCAUCUACCAAAGAUACCUGGGUUUGCAGCUCAGAGUUGAAAGUCGAAUGCUUUGCCGGGUGGAAUCCCGCUCGAACUCGGCCUCCGGCCUCCUUGCAUUGCAUCCAGGCAGAGCGCCCUGGCGGCGCGGAGCUGCCCUUCGCGGCGCAGAUGGCCUUGCUGCGCAACACCACCCCGAGUUGCGAGCGCCGAAGGCGCUGUCCAUGCGAAGUGCUGGGAAGAAGCGGAAGCAGAAGUGGGUCGGCGCUGUGAGCGCUGUGCACCGUGUCAUCCGCUCGGCUUGCAUGCCCCUUCAGGGCGACACGAACGCGGGUCCAGUCCGGGUCUUCUCAUCUCCGACUGGUUCGUUUGCAUUGCUCGUGAAUGCCAGUGACGGGCGAUGUCAAGGGGUGACCUGGCCUUUGUGUGUCGAGCAUCAGCUGCUUGGCAAGCAGGGCCAGCAGCGGCACGUCAGGUUGUCAACCAAAAGCGCUGACAUCGAAUGCAGCGAUGAUGAGCCUGUGCGGGAGGUCCGUGGAAUCGCAGAGGACGAGGUCCAGGCAGCCACCUGUGCCCUGCUCUACCCCAACAAGGUCGUCACAGCUUCCAUGAUGCGCGGGUGCUCCCGAAAGGAGCCGCUCUGGGAGGGCUGUUGCUACCGAGCCGGCAACGGUUGCUGGACGAGCACGAAGCGCGAGAAGGUGUUCCUCUCGAUUUAG